AUGCCUCCAUCUGUUCCGAAUUUAUCUGGAUCAAGUGACCCAGCAACCACGCCGUACGGGCAUCACACCUCGUUCCCAUGGGAGCCACUACCACAGCCAGAGGGCUAUAAAUCAGUCAUCUAUCGCUCUUCAGAUGGAAAGAUUGUGGUUGCCGCUGCAAAAGAGACCGGGAUGGCCACUUUUACCUAUCCAUGCGACGAGUUCUUCUUCGUAACAAAUGGCUGGCUCAAGUUGAAGAUUCAAGGGGGUGAUGAGUUUACGUUGAGCAAAGGCGACUUUAUAUAUCUCAAGAAGGGAACCACUGCCGACUUUCACUUCAGUCCUGAUUUCUCGAACGUUGCUGUCUUUAUUGGGGAUGAGGCGAUAUCUUUAGUAUGA